AUGACAUUUUUCAUUCUCCAGGAGAAUGUCAGACAUAUUGGAGGAUGUGACCGUGGCACUGGCAGUGGCAGAUUCCAAAGGUCACGGGGUAAUUUCCUUCGGCAAGGCUCCCUUCAAAGUCACAAGUCACAACAAGAAAGUGAUAGUGGUAGCGAAAUUGACUCAAGAGAAUUCAGGGAACAUCGAACUUGGAGAAAACCAGGUAGACAUUUCAGAAAUCGCCCAGGUAGAGGCAACAGAAGAGGGGCCAACACAAGACAGUGUGGAUAUAGUGGUAAUUACAAUAGUGAUAACCAUUCUACAGAUGGUGUCUCUAUUAAUCGUGAAGAAGAGAACUGUUCACCAAGAGGUUUCCAUGGUGAUCGAAGUGAAGGGAUCAGGCCUUGGCUCCUGGUAGAAGCUUUAUCAGAAUGUCCUGGUUUUCGAGCCAGUCUUCUGCAGCUUUUCGAAUGGAAAAAUAUGCAUCCAACAGCUGUACGUGAAGUUGUGAUGAGCAAUGGACAAAUCUUUUCUCUAAAUGGAGAAUCUGUAGAGCUCUCUCCCAAAAUAAGUAUCUGUUCUGCUCAUUCAGGAUCUCAAGGGUGCCAAAAUCGUUUGUUAUGCAAGGACCUGCACAUAUGUCCCAUUUAUGUCAAAAGUUGGUGUCAAGACAGGAGCUGUGUAUUUGGCCACAAAUGGUUCACAGAACAUAAUACAGCCAUUUUCCAGAGCUUUUACCUUGAACGUUUACCAUAUCAGUCUAUUAAAAAUCUUAUGAUGGGUCUAACGAAGGCUAAUAAACCCAGUGGACAGUUGGAUGUAUGCCUUCACUAUAAUGGAAAAGGCUGUAGUAAUACGAAUUGUGGUGCUUUGCACAUUUGUCACAAUUUCUUAACAAAGUGCACACUCCCUGGAUGCCGGCUUAAUCAUGACUUGCUCAGUCCUGAGUGUUGCAACUUAUUGAGAGCUCAUGGCUUUUCCACUAAUGAGGCCCCACGAGAUGUAGCUCUGGCUCUGCAUGCAGCUAAUCCUUCCCUAGCAAGUGCAAACCCUGCAAGACUACCAUCAACAGCAACAUCUACAUCAUCUAAAACUCCUGCCACUAUUGCAUCUAUUUCUAAUGAUAAUCAGCAAGGUACAGGGGCUACAGCAGAUGGUAAGAGUAAUGGUACAGGUAUUUUUUCUUUGUUAAAACAAAAAAUUAUUACAGGUUCAUCAGAUAAGCAUGAUGAUGCAGGUUUAUUACCCCACAAAAAUAGAGGUGAUUCAGCAAAUAGAAACAAUAUUGGUGCUUCAGAUGGUGAUCAAAAGAAUGCCACAAAAAGAAAAGAUGGAACAGACAGAGCUGUAAGAAACAGUAAAAAUGAUAGAGAUUCUGCUAGUAACAAGUUUUCACCAGUUGUGAAGACUGAGAAACACCAGACAGUUUGGUCCCAUUAUCUCUUUGGUGACACAGAAAUCAAUGAAAUUUGUUUCUAUUCAGUCGAAACCAUGUGCAAAUAUGAGAGUACUGGUUGCAAGAGACUCCAUUCUGCUCAUCAUUUCCAUUGGCAAAUCAGUGAACAGGGAAGCAAAUGGCUCAACCUGCGAUCCUUCCAGGUAGAUUGCCUUGAACGAGCAUUCUGUGAUCCAGCUAAAGAUGGAGAAACUGUUCCACGUCUGGAUCCAGCAAAACUUGAUCCAUCAGUAAAUAAACUUCUUACUGUACUGGGUCGUGAUAAUUGGCAAGCUAAUUUCCAGUCAAUGAUUAUGGCUAAUUCUAACCACUCUAAAAUACUUUAUUUACGGAGGUUGUGUACAGAGCAUAUUGCAGGAAAGCAAAUUAAACCAAAUAUUUACCAGUGGUUCUUCUUAGACAAAAACAAAAAGUGGGUUAAAUAUGGCAAUGUUGAUACUGCAAAUGAAACUAAUUUAGUGAGUAGUGUUGCAUCAAAUGAUAUUGAGAAGCAUUUCCUAAAGAACCAAUAUGUUCCUUUAACAUUCCAAAAUGCAUCCUUCUCUUACACCUUGGACUUUGUUGCUAUGACCCAAACAAACCAGAGUACUAAAGUAAUACGGGAUGUACGCCGCCGCCCUGAGCCUCACCUCAAAGAUGAAAAGCAAGCAAAUGGGAGUAAUGUGUCUACUGGAAAAACCACUGAAAGCCUACCAUCUACCUGGGAUCCAAUGCAACCAGAAGAACGUUUCCGUCUCAUUGCUCUAUCACCUACUUCUACUGAAUAUCAGACUGUCUUGGGACUUUUAAAGGGUCGGGUUGCAAACACCAACAUCACAAAAAUAGAGAGAAUUCAGAAUCCCUUCUUAUGGAAAGCAUUGCAGAAUAAGAUUAAAGAGAUGACAACAGUGUAUGGCGACAUAAAAAAGGUGGAUGUUCGACAAGUAUUUCAUGGUACACGACCAGAUGUAAUAUCUAGUAUUUGUGCUGAGAACUUUGACUGGAGACUUCAUGGAAGCAGUACUGGCCAGGCUCAAGGUCGUGGUACUUACUUCUCUCCAGAUGCUGCAACUUCAUAUGGUUAUUGUAGAGCAGAUUCUGCUGGUUUGAAAUAUAUGUUUGUUGCUCGUGUAGCAGUUGGAUCAAUUACACCAGGAAAUGCUUCAAUGGCCAGACCCCCUAUCAACCCCACCACAAAUGCGCCAUAUGAUUCUACUGGUGAUGGGGUUUCUGUAAUAGUUAAAUAUGACAAACAAGAGUACUACCCUGAGUAUGUUCUUACACUGAGAUGAAUUAUUUACACUUCAAUAAUUUGGUAAUCUUUGCAUAUGCAUAAGUUUCUGAUUGAGGUACAUGUAUAUAUAUUACAGGAAGACCUCAUUUAACAUUGGAAUUACAUUUCUGAAAUCACUUCUUUAUGUACCUCUUCAUGAGGGGACUCCUUGCUGUGGCAAAGAGGCUCUUGGUCUGAGGAAUUGGACCCUUCGGUCUUCUUCCUCUGACCAAACCUAGUUACCUCACAGUCUUUCCUUUCCCUCUUCCAUCCUCCCCAUGCCUCCUUUGCCAUUCCUCCUCCUCUCCCCAUCUCUUCCCCUUUCCCUUUCUUGUUUUCAGCCUUUGGGGUUCUUCCCUCAGGCAUUCUAGUUCCUAGGUUGGGGGAAAGGUACAAUGGUCCAUCCCAUUCCAUUGAGAUCCUUAGUGGUAGUGUAGUUUACUGUGGAAUCUGGAUUGUCUGGAGAUCCCAGUCCCUCUCCAAUCUUCCAGGGAAGGCUUUGGAAGUCUUUCAGGUGACGGGUGUAUCUCCGGAAGCUGCCUGUUGGAUUCCAGGUGGUGGUGGCUGAAGGAGGUAUACUUUGUGGAGGGUUUCCAACCACCCUUUCUUGUCCACCGAGCUGGCUCUGUAGAUGUGAGGUUGCUAUCCCAGAUUGCAUGAAGGGUAGGGUAUGGCAUGGCACUGCACGGGUUCCAUGUCACAUCUGCACUACCAGCUGCACUGUGGUCCUCUUGGGUGCAGAGGGGGAUUUAUGGCCCUUUCAUUCCUCCUAGGAGCUACCCCUCGAUGUUCUCCCACUUUAUUUUUUCUUUUUCAUUUUUUUCUUAAAAACAAAAAGAAAAGAGUGACCUAACCAUAGCAUCCCAAAUCCAUGAAACUGCUCUUCCUGGGCCCCAUUCUGUAGCAGCACCCUCUUACAACCCUGCCUUGUUACUGGACCAUCCUAUAUCUUCUGUGGGUGACAUUUUGUCACAUGCUCCUGAUACUGAGACUAAGCCUGACUCCUUUGAUACAUCCGACCUCUGCACAUCUUUGACCACCUCCGGUCAUGCAUGUAAAUGACCAUGACCUUUGAUGACACUGCUUCGAAUGCCUCUCACUCUACUCAGAAAAGACCAAUGCAACAGUUGCUUCCUUUACAUACUACACAUCAUAGUACACAAUGGACUAAGCUUUUCACUCUGCAGUUGACAUCUUCCUCAGACUAUCUUUCUGAUAAUAGUAUCAACAAGGCACUCCUAUGCCAUGUUGGUCAAAAUAUUCCAUUUCAUGCUCUCAAUGGUGGUGUAUGCAUCGUCAUGGUACAAAAUGCCAGCCAAGCUCAUAAUCUUUCUCUCCUUACUGCCAUAGAUGCUAUUCCUGUAACAAUUCAAAAAUACCAUUCUCUCAAUUCUUGUAGUGGUACUGUCAUUCUACCUCAUACCAUUGUUCAGCUUAAUUUCCAGACACAUGAUGACAACAUUCUGGAACAGCUUGAGCUCCAAGACCUACCAGUUCUUAAAGUAGACAUGUAUGUAUUACCCUCCCAAUUCUCAAAGUAGACACAUAUGUACUACCUGCUGCAAGUGAAGAUGCUACCCCUGCAAUGUAGCUCACUUUACUUUUGACUGCCAUGAGCUUCUAUUCUCAGUUUAUAUCACAGGACACCGUUUGCGAGUCCGAAAGUUGAUCCCUACACCACAACAGUGUAAAAAUUGCUGGCUUUUUGGCCAUCCAGCAAAAUAUUGCAGGUCUAUGGCAGAAUGCUCAGUCUGUGGUGCCAACGACCAUACCAGUACGUCUUAUAGUCUACCUUCCUCUUGCCUUAACCCUUUGACUGUUUCGGUCAUAUAUAUAUGUCUUACGAGCCAGUGUUUCGGACGUAUAUAUGCGCAAUAAUUCUAGCAGCUUCAAAUCAAGCAGGAGAAUGCUGGUAGGCCCACAUGUAACAGAAUGGGUCUGUGUAGUCAGUGUGCACUGUAUAAAAAAAUCCUGCAGCAUGCAGUGCAUAAUGAGAAAAAAAAAACUCCGACCGUGUUUUUGGAUUAAAAUGCCGACUUUGAGGUGUGUUUUUGAUGUAUUUUCGUAUAUUAUUUAUGGUUGUAUUCUUGUUUUCUUGGUCUCAUUUUAUAGAAUGGAAAACAUAUUACAGAAACAGAGCUGAUUUUGAUUAGUUUCACGACGAAAGCGACCUUGAAAUUGAGCUCAGAGUAGAGGAAAUGUUCAAUUUUUACAAAUCUUCAAGAGUAAGCAAAUCACACCACACGUCCAAUACACGUCAACUGGGGAGUCUGAUAUUCUUUCAUUAGUGCACUUAUAUUUUUUAUACCAUUUUUACAAUAAUGCAGUAGUCUGCAUAUAAGUAAUUCUUAUAUUUUUUGUGUGCAUAAAAAAUAAAAAUAGAAAGCAAGAAUUAUAUAAGAGGAGGCUGGAGAAGUGACUAAUGAACAGAGGACAUGUUAUUUUAGUGCCAAGGAUGUCUGCAUUGUUUAUUUUGGACCCUAUUUUGAAAUUGGCAUCUUUUUUAACCCUUUGACUGUUUCAGUCGUAUAUAUAUGUCUUACGAGCCACCGUGUUUGACGUAUAUAUACUCAUAAAUUCUAGCGGCUUCAAAUCAAGCAGGAGAAAGCUGGUAGGCCCACAUGUGAGAGAAUGGCUCUGUGUGGUCAGUGUGCACCAUAUAAAAAAAAUCCUGCAGCACGCAGUGUACAAUGAGGAAAAAAAACUGACUUUUUUUUUUUAUUAAAAUGCCGACUUUGUGGUCUAUUUUUGUAUAGUAUUCAUGGUUGUAUUCUCGUUUUCUUGGUCUCAUUUGAUUGAAUGGAAAACAUAUUAUAGAAAUAGAGGUGAUUUUGAUUGGUUUUACUAUAAAAAGAACAUGGAAAUGGAGCUCUAAGUAGGGGAAAUGCUUAAAUUUGCCGAUGUUCAAAAGUAAACAAAUGAUGUCAUUGUCCAAUAAAUGUCCAACUAGCCAUUCUAAUAUGCAGUCAUGAAUGGUUGACAUUAUUUAUACAAUUAUUACAGUAUUGCAGUAGUCUGCAUAACAGUAAAUCUUCUAUUUUUUGUUUGAAUAAAAAUUCAAGACAGAAAGCAAGAGUAAUAUCAGAGGGGCCUGGAGACGUGACUGAUGAACAAAGAAAAUGUUAUUUUAGAGCCAGGAAUGUCUGCAUUGUUCAUUCUGGACCCUAUUUUGAAAUUGUCAUAUUUUUUAAUUUUUGUGAAAUUGGCCAAAUUGCAAAUUUCUGACCAUGUUAUUGGGUAGUUGAAAUCAGUAAAUGGGCAGUUUCUUGUACUCAAUCGAUAGAAAAAAUGGAGUUCUAAAGAAAUAGCUAUGAGUUUGGUCGACUGGAACAAGGGAAUUAGCCGAAAAUGGCUCGAAGUGGGCGAAAUCGCCCACCUUCAGUUUUCCAUCAAAUUUCAUUCUUUUGUGUCAUUACAAUUGGGAAAAGAUUCUCUGUCAUUUCAUAAGAUUUUUUUUUUUUUUUUUU